UUGUAAGAAAUUGGUUGAGUAGGCGGCGCUGUAACUUUUAGCAGCGCAGAGCUUAGGAGAGUCAGUAGUGGUGACUACCCCGCUCCAUCCUACAGACGGCCUCUCGCAGAACCGGCGUGUUGUUCUUUAACGUUAAUGUGUUUCAACACUGUACAUAUAUUAAAAGACAGUCUCUGCCCGCCGGCUUGCAAUGUAAUAGGCACAAUAUAAAAUGGAAAAGGUAUAGUUAGGGAAGAGGAAAGCAAGUUGCACCUUCACUACAAUGGACAAGGUCACAUUGGACUCCCUCCCCCGCUAGGAUGUUCUUCCUGGAAGGGAGGGAUUGCAGACUAACAGUGGCCGUAGAUCCUUUGGCCAGUAGCAGAGAUCAGGGAGUGUCUCCCUUCAGCUCUGUGGUCCCAUACAGAGGCUGCGGGGCAUGUGGCAAGAGACAUUUUUUAUGGUUGAUGUUCUUGAACGAAGGGGGAAUUCUAACUCUUGAGAGUGUAGGCCCCCACAAAUAACAUGACAUACUCAGCAAGUUAUCUCAAAUUAUGACUUCUUGGUGGCCAUCAUUCAUUGUUAAGUAUCCAGGCUAAGAAGUGAGACAAGCAAACAUAAGGAAAAAAAUCUGAAAUGUUCUGGAGUCUGCUGGAGGCUAUGUAAUGGUUGGAAAGCCCUUACCCAAACUCCCUACAGGCAACCUCCUGUCUCAGAGUUCAGCAUGUCAAGAUAAUUCAUUGCUUAGAGGGGAUAAACAGAACAAUGAACUUCACACUCCUUUUAUGAACAAGAAUGACCAAAAGAAACUGCAAGAGGAAAAUAUAAGAUUAAAGCAUGAAUUAGAAGAUUUAAGAAGCCAGUAUGAACAGCUCCUAGAGGAAGGAAAGAAUGAAUGCUUUGAUGAAAGACGUAUCAGUCUUCUGAAGGCUCAAGUAUUACAGCUCGAAAGGCAGGUGCUGCUGCUUACAGAAGGAUUAAGUUCUCAAGCUGCUCUUAUGUUGGAGUUAAACACUUCUUUAGAAGCUCUUGCUGGCAAGCUUAGUUCUUUUCUUAGCACUGAAGGAACUGUAUAUGAAGAAACCAUUCCACGCUCAGAACUUCUUCAAGUAAUUGAGAUAUGCCAAGCGAUGACACUCAAACUGCAAAGAAACCAGCAGAUUUCUGAUCUCUCAAAGUUGGCAUUGCCUUGGACUUUGGGAAGGAACCUUGCUAUACCGCCAAUUACUCUUUUGGAUGUCUGUUAUGGCAAAAUAGAAAAUUUGAAUCUUAGAUAUGUGAGUGCCCUUGAAGGAAAACUUAGCAAGCUGCGGAGACACCUGCUUGCCAUGAGGCAAAAUCUGAGUUUUGUGCUUGCCCCAGGACAGAUGUCCUCUGAGGCAGUUCAGCAUAUCCUACCAACUGUUGUUUAUGCGCGGCUGAUAAAUCAUGCAACUCAAUGUCACCAGUCUGUGGAAGAAUGUUGCCAUGAUUUGCUCACUUUGACACUUCUGGUACCUUCAGCACCUUGGAGUUUGUGCUCCCCCCCCCCAAUAAACUGUAGAGGAACAGACACAUUGGCUAUUCUCAUUCAACCAACCUCUGGCUUAUUCAGCAAAGAUAUUCACGAGGAAAUCCUGGAAAAUUCCUUGAGCCAGGAGUUCACUGUGGAGAAUGUGCUUGCAACGUUUCCAGCCUUCCCCAAGGGUUUCCCUCAGCAACGUGCUAAAAGGGCAGCAGAAGCCCUGGUAAAGGCUCAAAAUUAUUCCAGGCAAAUGGCAAUGCAACAGAUACUUGCUUUGCAAGCUGAACUUAACUUCCACAGAAAUUUAUAUAAUCUUCAAGUUAAGUACACUGACGCUGUCUUUGAUGGGAUAAAGCAAGCAUAUCACACAUUUCAAGACAAUGUUGCCAUGGUUCUAUGUUCACCGCUACAAGAUGUUUUUUCCUCUUAUACAAAACUUAAAACAGAAGCUUCAGAGCCUGCUUUGAGAGAUUUUCUCACUGCUUUUAGGAACAAUGCUGAACAGAUCCAAUAUGCAGUUGAAACUUUGGCUCCACCAAUGAAUCAGCAGCAUGAAGGUGAUGAGGCCCUGUCAAGGUUUGGAAAAGAGUUCUUCCUAUCUUUGGAACAUUCGCUCAAAGUCUGUGGAGAGCAACGGGAUAAAGCAGCCAGUGAAAUGGAAACCUUACAAACAGAACUGGAUCAGGCCUUAGAAACUCUUCGGAAUUUAAGGGACCAAAAGGUGAAGAAAGCAGGAGCCAGUCAGCAUUUUCCAAGGAAUGAAAAGGACAGAAGAGAAGGAACAGAAGUAAGUGGCUUGAAUGUACUUUCAAAAACAAAGUCUGAGCCUGGACCAACAUCCCCAUUUCCUCCACACAGGGAUAGUCUCUUGCUCACACAUGCUUCUGUGGUAGAGAGAGAAUCUGUCAACCAAUCUUCCAAGCAGAAAAUGGAAGGCUCUGAUGGUGUAACUGUUCAGCAGAAGGGAAAGCUCCUAUACAGGAGUAAGAGCAUGAAAACCACUGAAAGGCCACCUUGGCAAAAUUAAACCUAGCUCUUUAGGGUUGGCAACCUCAGUUUUGUCAAUAGUUCUUAGUGAAUUCUGUGGAGCAAUCCAGUAAGGCCUUGAGCAUAUAAUACAUCAAUGGGAUACACGCUUAUUUUCUUCUGGGAGUCAAUUUUAUACUCUUGAGUAGCUUCUCAGAGCCAUUUUAGGAAACAGAAAACAUUUGAGAUAUUGAAGCUACUCUCACAUAAUGUUAAAAGACAUGAGAGCAUGCUCAAACAUCAUAUAUCUCUGAAGGAGACACAAGUAUAAUGUUAAAGCUAGAGGGUGUGUAUGUGUGUCUCAAAUAGAAGAUAAAUAUGAAAGACCCUCCUUGUGUCUAGCCAUAUUCAGGGCUACUCUUCUUGUGUAGUACAACUCCAAAGUGAAUUCUGCAUCUUUUCAGGCAUUUCUAGUAAGCAGCUUACUUAUCACUGGUCUUCAUUGGAUCAGGAUUUUGUGUGUAUGCAAAAGGGUGCAUGCCAGAUAGUGCCUUGGAGAAUAAUUGAUUGCAUACCAAUAGCUCUCUGCUCCCCCCCCACCUUCCUUCCUGUGGUCCAGACACAUUGUGACUUCAAUGGCAGGCUGAUUCCACAUCCAUCCAUCCAGUAGAUGGAGAACAGCAUUGUGGGACUUCUGUAGCUAAAUAACCAGGACAUUUGCUUUUCAGGUGUUAGCACAGAUGGUGUCUUGGGGAAAGUUUCAUUUGUGAUUUUUUGGUUGCUUCCCUUUUAGUGAUGAGCCAGUAUUACAGGAAGUAGCUAUGCAGAUGUACCCAAAACAGAUACCGUAACUUAGCGGAAUAGGCUUUGAACCUGUUCCUUUAAUAUUUUACCAAAAAAUUGUUCCUUCCCUAGACAGAUGCUUUGCUUUAAAACAAUUCCUGCAGCAGGCUUGUCAUUUGUGGUAUUCCUCAAGCCAAGUAUGGUUCUCCUUAAAUGGCCUCUGCUAUCCGAAAAAUAUGAUUGUUCCCCUUGGCUUGCUACCACUGCUGUAAGUAAUACCCUGGGCUCUCAUGCUUAUGAGAGGAAUAAAACUUCUCAGAAUGACAGAGUGAGGACCAAGAACAACAUUCAAAAUAUUUAUGACUUGUAAAUGCUUUUGACGACCACUUGAUUUUUGAGAAUGAUACAGAAAAUCAUGGGAUGUUGUAUUUUUUCUUUUUGCCUUUAAAUUGUUUUUUUUUUUAUUUUGCCAAAAUCAGUUGUCUUCUGAAAUGCUGAAGAUGAAAUGUUUGUAUUCUCUAGUUAAUAAAUGAUAGAAAUAGAAUGCGA